CCCACCCAAACUCAAUCCACAGCUCAGGAGAGCCACACCACUCACAAAACUCCUUUUUUUUUUGUUUGUUUCACUCUCUUCUUUCUCAAUUUUCGAAAGUUUACUACCCAGACUCCUUCAUAAAAUUAAUUCAGCCAUGACGGCCAGAGAUCUCCAAGUUCUCAGCAAGCUUGACGUGGCCAAAACCCAACUAUACCACUUCAAGGCCAUCGUCAUCGCCGGUAUGGGCUUCUUCACCGACGCUUAUGACCUUUUCUCCAUCUCCCUCGUCACCAAACUUCUCGGCCGCAUCUACUACUUCGACCCCAACUCCAACACACCCGGCAGCCUCCCCCCAAACGUAUCCUCCGCCGUUAACGGCGUCGCUUUCUGCGGCACCCUCGCCGGUCAACUCUUCUUCGGUUGGCUAGGUGACAAGAUGGGCCGCAAAAGAGUCUACGGCAUGACCCUCAUGCUCAUGGUCAUCUGCUCCAUCGCUUCCGGUCUCUCCUUCGGCCACACAGCUAAAAGCGUCAUGUCCACUCUCUGCUUCUUCCGCUUCUGGCUCGGCUUUGGUAUCGGCGGCGACUACCCUCUUUCCGCCACCAUCAUGUCCGAAUACGCAAAUAAGAAAACUCGCGGCGCUUUCAUUGCCGCCGUUUUUGCGAUGCAGGGUUUCGGAAAUCUCACCGGUGGCAUCGUCACCCUUAUCAUCUCCGCCGGGUUCAAGAGCAACUACGACGCGCCCAACUACAACGAUGACCGCGCUGGCUCGACUGUCCCACAAGCCGAUUAUGUGUGGCGAAUCAUCCUCAUGUUUGGCUCUGUUCCUGCUCUGCUUACUUACUAUUGGCGCAUGAAGAUGCCGGAGACCGCCAGAUACACCGCUCUCGUCGCCCACAACGCCAAGCAGGCAGCUUCCGACAUGUCCAAGGUUCUCCAGGUCGAAAUCGCGGAGGAGCAGGAAAAGGUAUCCGAAGUCGCCAUUGAUCAGAGCAGCAACUUUGGGCUUUUUUCCAAGGAGUUCGUCCGCCGCCACGGCCUCCACCUCGUUGGCACAACCACGACUUGGUUUCUCCUCGACAUCGCUUUUUACAGUCAAAACCUCUUUCAAAAAGACAUCUUUAGCGCUGUCGGCUGGCUUCCCAAGGCUGCCACCAUGAGCGCGCUGGAAGAAGUCUACAAGGUCGCCAGAGCACAAACGCUAAUUGCACUCUGCGGCACCGUGCCAGGCUACUGGUUCACCGUGGCACUCAUAGACACCAUCGGCCGUUUCGCCAUCCAAUUGAUUGGUUUCGGCAUGAUGACAGCCUUCAUGCUUGGGCUGGCCAUUCCUUACCAUCAUUGGACGACAAAGGGGCAUCACAUAGGGUUUGUGGUCAUGUAUGCUUUCACUUUCUUUUUCGCUAACUUCGGGCCAAACAGCACAACUUUCAUCGUGCCGGCAGAGAUUUAUCCUGCGAGGUUGAGGUCGACAUGCCAUGGGAUAUCUGCGGCGGCGGGGAAGGCGGGGGCGAUUGUGGGGGCGUUUGGGUUCUUGUAUGCGGCACAGGACAAGGAUCCGGCGAAAAGGGAUAAGGGUUAUCCGGCGGGUAUUGGGAUAAGGAACUCGCUCUUCGCGUUGGCUGGUUGUUGUGUUUUGGGAUUUUUCUUCACUUUUCUGGUGCCUGAGCCGAAGGGUAAGUCGCUGGAAGAUAUGUCGAGGGAGAACGAUGAUGAUGAAGAAGUACAGACCACGGCGGUCGUUGGCAUCGAACGCGCGCUUCCAGUUUGAAACUAUCUAAAUUAUGUUGGCUGGUGAUAUAUUUGUGUAAUAUGAAUUAGAAGAGAGAUUGCGUCUGUAGCGAUCUUUUGUCCAUCUUGUUGAAUUCUAGCGAAACUAUUUAUACUUCUUAAUUUGGGCAAAAAAUUUACGUACAUAAGACGUACGCAGAGAUGCGUACAUCUGUAACCUGCAAACAUAUUACAUAGAGGAUUUUGGGAGGUUAUAACCGCGUUAUAGCCCCUGUAACCUACCUGUAUAUGAAAACAGAAGCGCGGAACUUACUAGAAGACACAGGUAGAUUACAGGGAGGUUACAUGAGUUGUAACGCGAUUAUAACCUCCCAAAAUCCUCCCUGUAACUUGUUUGCAGGUUACAGACGUACGCAUCUUUGCGUACGUCGUAUGUACGCAAUUUUUUUCCUAAUUU